UCAGGCCAGGCAGACAACGUGCAGGAAGACGGAAGCGUCUAGAAAGUACUAGCGAGUACUGUUCAGGCGGCGUGGCGUUUGUUGAAAUACUACUGGUUAUUGUUUUCUAUUAUUUAUCCCUUUGGUUAAGUCAUGUCAUUAAUAGAAGAGGACGAUGUACGAGGUGGAAGGGGUGUUUUUAAAGACAUAAGCGCAGAAGACGAUGACAUGCAACCAACUAUUAUCGAGAGUCUGUGCAUGAACUGUUAUGAAAAUGGAAGCACCCGUUUGUUGCUGACGAAGAUUCCCUUCUUCAAAGAGAUCAUCAUAAGCUCAUUCACAUGCGCCCACUGCAACUGGUCCAACACAGAGAUUCAAUCAGCAGGUCGAAUCCAGGACCAGGGAGUGACAUACACCCUCCGUGUUAGAUCGAAACAGGACUUGAACCGAGAAGUAGUGAAGGCAGACAGCGCAACUACAAGAAUCCCAGAACUGGAUUUUGAAAUUCCUGCCUACACACAAAAGGGGUCGCUGUCCACUAUCGAAGGCCUCAUUGAGAGGGCAGCUACAGGCUUGGAGCAGGAGCAGCCCACACGGAAGGCAACCGUGCCAGAAGUUGCUGAAAAAAUUGACAAAUUCAUCGAAAAGCUGAAGAAGCUAAAGGAUGUUGAACAAGAAUUUACUGUGGUGAUUGAUGACCCGUCUGGGAACAGUUUUGUGGAGAACCCGUUCGUCCCUCAAAAAGAUGAGGCCCUCUCUGUUACACACUAUAAGAGGACACCUGAACAGGACGCCCAGCUAGGACUAAAGGCUGACGAUGGUGCAGAAGAGGACACUGAGGAAAAAGCUGGCAGUGACAUUGACGCCUUAAGAAACGAGGUCCUGAUGUUUAACACCAACUGUCCGGAAUGCAAUGCACCUGCGUCCACAAACAUGAAGCUUGUCCAAAUACCUCACUUCAAAGAAGUUAUAAUCAUGGCGACCAACUGCGACAGCUGUGGACACAGGACAAACGAGGUAAAAUCGGGUGGAGCUACAGAAGAGCUGGGAACCAAAAUAACCCUUCAUGUCACAGACCCCUCGGAUAUGUCCCGCGACCUGCUGAAGUCAGAGACCUGUCACAUCAUGAUCCCCGAGCUGGAGUUCGAGCUGGGCAUGGGCGCUGUCGCAGGGAAGUUCACCACCCUAGAGGGCCUCCUCAAAGACAUCAAAGACCUGAUUGUUUCAAAAAACCCUUUCACCUGUGGAGACAGUGCAACCCCAGGAAGAGCUGAGAAAAUAGAACUCUUCGGAAAGAAGAUUGACCAGAUUAUGGCUGGCGAAAUGGAUGUUCACGUCAUUCUAGAUGACCCAGCAGGGAACAGCUACCUGCAGAACGUGUACGCUCCGGACCCGGACCCGGAGAUGACGGUGGAGAAGUACGAGAGAACCUUCGAGCAGAAAGAAGAUCUGGGCCUGAACGACAUGCAAACCGAGAACUACCAGUAGCCCCGGGGUCACCGCCGGAGGAGCGCGGACAUCGCGCUGGAUAAAGUGUGUCAUCUCUACGCCUAAUACAUCGCUCACGGUAAUCAUCUGCAGCUGGAAUGAAUGACUUUGGGAUUUUGGGAUACAGAGGUUUUUUUUUUUGGUUUUUUUUUCCCCCUGCUCUAUAAUUUGUAAUCAAAUGGAUAAUCGUGAACAUACAUGAGGCUAUGUAUAAGAACGAUGAGAAAUUUAGCAUACGCUAUGUGUAAAUAUGUAUUUUUUCCCCCACUCUGUACAUAUAACGGUAAAGGUCUGUUGGACUGCGGUGAAUAAAUUUUAUGUUCGCGCGUAUAUGAAAUCAUUUUCAUUCCAUUUAACGAGAGAAGACUAAAGAUUGUAUCGUUUUUUGUUUGACAUUAAAGAAAGGAUAUGUCAAAAUAAAAGUUAUUUUUCUCCCCAGA